CAAAUUAAGCUAUUUAGCAGCUAACCCCCUCGCUUUCUUAUUAUUAUAUUACUCCAUCUCUUCCUCCCCGUUCCCCUUUGAGCACGAAGCCAUGGUCUCCAAAUUCUCAACCAGGUCCUCCUCCCGCCGCAACCGGAGCCCCGUCCGGCACCACUCCUCUGGAGGCAAGAGGAGUACCCCGCGCUCCUCUCCUUCGUCGGUCAAGGCCGCCAUCGCUCGCUCCGUCCGUUCCUGCCGCCGCCGCCUCGCCAAGGUCUUUUCCCGUCUCGCAGUCCUCGGCUGCGCCUCCCCUAGCCCCCACAAGCUGGGAUUCCGCCGCCUUAGCUCUACCCCUACCAAACCCCUCCUCCCUUCUACGCCGACAGUCACGGCGGCGGCGAGGCUUCCGCCCCCCUCUUUCCCCGAGAAAAAAACCGUCUUUUUGGACCUCGACGAGACCCUGGUUCACUCCCGCACCGACUCCCCGCCCGAUCGAUACGAUUUCUCCGUACACCCCUCAAUCGACGGCCGCGUCGUGCCCUUCUACGUCCUCAAGAGGCCGGGAGCCGACGAGCUGCUCCGCACCGCCGCCGCGGUGUUCGAGGUAGUGGUGUUCACCGCGGGGCUGAGGGAGUACGCCUCCCUCGUGCUCGACCGCCUCGACCCUGCUGGCGAACUCAUCGCUCACCGCCUCUACCGCGACUCGUGCAGGGAGAUGGAGGGGAAGCUGGUGAAGGACCUCGCUGGGGUCGGUCGGGCCCUCAACCGGGUGGUGCUGGUCGACGACAACCCAAACGCCUACGUCCUCCAGCCGGAGAACGCGCUCCGGGUGACACCCUUCUCCAACGACCUCAGCGACCGUGAGCUCUCCAAGGUGAUGAAGUUCUUCGAGGUAGCGGCCCUCUUCGAGGACAUGCGCGACGCCGUGGCUUACUACCGGUCGGAGUUCGGAGGUCACAAACCGCAACCAGUGUGAUUGAUUCGGGACCUUCCUCCACGAUCGCCGAUUGCAGAAAGCUCAGUCGAUUGCAUCAAGCGAACAACCUUCAGGAUCUUCCUGAAGCUCUGUUCAUCCGUAAGCAAAAUUAAUUUUUUGAAAGCAGGUUGGAAGGACGAAGGUAAUCUUUUGAUGCAUUUCUCAUUUUUGUUAAAAAAAAAAAUCGUCUGUUGAUCCAUUUCUAUGCUGUUGGAUGGGAAAAUGUUGAUCGCAACUUUCGUAGGCAAGCAAUGCAGGAUUUCUCUCCUUUUUUUCUCAAAAAAUUGUCUUCCAAGAUGAUAUUUUGAUAAUGCAUCUGUCCUUCAUCAAACCUUUUCUUCCCUGUUUCUCGAGACUGUUGUAACAAGAGAAACAAAAAAUUUGGAAACAAGAAAAGAUUGAAUUUUGAUUAAUCUUCAGGAGAAACAGGACAAGCCCAAAUGAUAUCAAUGAGAAUAAUUUUGAAAUUUGAAACGCGA